AUGCGGCUGUGGGUGUGGCAGUGGGCAUGGCUGGCUGGGCUGGGGGCCGUGGAAACAGAGUCUCCAGACACACCUGACUUCUUUGAUUACCCAGACUCGGAUCGAGCCGGGCUUCUGGCCGUGGCCAGGUUCAUUGGUGAGGACCCCGUCCCAUUCUCUGGCUCAGGAUCCGGCCCCAGCUUCUUCAACCACAUCCUGGUCGGCUCGCUCGUGGUGGCCUUCCUCUUUCUCCUUUUCCAGUUCUGCACACACGUGAGCUUCCAGAAAGGGGCAUAA